AUGCCACAUCGGGUCGCGGACUUCUUUCGGUCCUCGAUAUCCUCUCCCUCGCUGGAUAGCCAGAUUCCCCACCCGACACAAAAAUCGGCUUCAUCUCAGCCGUUCAAGUCAUCCAGGUCCCGAAGAAGCCGAAAGCCGCUUGAGCGACUCACAUCCACACUGUUGUUCUUUGAAGGCGGCAGCGGCGGCGGAGACGACGACAGCGAGAACGCCACUCCUGACGACACUCGUGCUCCGCCAGCAGCGCCCAGCUUGAAGAUGGCCGACUCCCGAGCAAGCAGCCUUUCGUCAGAAUCUCACAAAGAUCAUGGUCACCAUCACCACUACCGUAUCUCUCUGUCAAGCAUGCACUUUGGCCGGUCGCAUAAAGAGUCCCACGUCAGCAUGCCAGCAAUGUUGACAUGGGAGCUCGAGUCCCCUCCAGCCGUCAUGUAUGGAGAACCAGAGACCAGCAGCGGUGCACUGGUUUCUGGCCAGCUGUAUCUGGACGUCAAAGAGGACUUUCUCGAAGUCUAUCUGUUUUUUGCAACUCUAAAUCUCCAUGUUGUACAGAAAAAACCUUUUGGAAGCCAUUGCUCCGAAUGCGCCAAUCAAUACACUGAGAUCAAAAGGUGGGACCUACUCCCUCACCCAUUGGUGCUCACUAAAGGCAUCCAUACGUUCCCUGUGUCGGUUCUCCUGGAAGGUCAUCUUCCUGCAAGCAUGGACACACCGCUGGUUUCCAUUGCUUAUGAGUUUAAGGCCGAAGUUCAUUCCAGGAGCAAAGGCUCUUCACUUCCACCGAUCAAGCUAGAAAAGGUAUGGGAUGUCAAGCGCAGCCUUGCCACAUCGGAAACGCCACACCACUCGGUCCGUGUCUUUCCUCCCACCAACAUCAAGGCUAGCGCACAUUACCCCCACGUGGUCCAUCCUAUUGGCAGCAACACUCUUUCACUUCGCCUUGAUGGCAUUGCCAAGCACAAUAGCAAGGUCAACACUAUCGAGUACUGGAAGCUCAAGAAGCUUACGUGGAAGCUGGAAGAGACUAUUAAGACGGUGGCGCCGGCAUGCGGAAGACAUAGCCCGCGGGCGACCGACAGCUCUGAUGAUGGCCAUAAUAAUAAAAAGGGCGUCGUCAGAGCUGAAACCAGGGUUAUUGGCGAGAAGACUCUCUUUUCUGGUUGGAAGAGCAAUUACACGAGCGCAACGGACAGCCUAGUGGAACUUGAGCUCGAUUACAGCUUAACCAAAGGUGCGAAGUACGCAUGCGACACGCGGAGCCGAGAUGGCACCGAGGUUACACACCAGCUUAUGAUCGAGAUGGUGGUUUCCCAGGAAUGGGCACCCGUCAACCGGCCCUCUUUAGUGACGCACACAGGAGUUGGUCGGAUCUUACGCAUGCACUUUGGUACCAUCCUCACAGAGAGAGCGGGAAUCGGCAUCAGCUGGGACAACGAAGCGCCUCCAAUUUAUCAGGAUGUGCCACCCAGCCCUCCUGCAUACUGUGAAGCAACGCAGCGACAGCAGCACUCCACGGAGCAGUGCAGACAGCAGUCAUUCUCGGGUAACCCACCAUGGAGUGAGGUGAAGAGCCUCUUUCAUGUGGACCCGGGCAUUUAG